AUGGGUGCCAUAGCAAGCAGAUAUCGUGUUUCUAACUCGGGGCUAACUAGCACUGACUUACAAAAUAUGGAAAAUCAAAAUAAACGUGAUAACCCUGGAACUUUAGAUGAAUUGCACAAAAAAACCAAAGAGGUAAUGCCAGUAAACUUUGAGGGUGGUAAACUUAUGGUCAACAAGGGAAUUUCAAAUCAUUUUCAGAUGUCCCACACCCUUACCAUGAGUUCUGCACAAAAUGGUUACAAGAUAGGAGCAACAUAUAUCGGUACCAAACAAAUCUCACCAACUGAGGCUUUCCCUGUAGUUUUAGGGGAUUUGGAUCCUGCGGGAAAUAUUAACUUCAAUUUGAUCCACCAACUAACCAAUGAAAUUAGAGUCAAAGGAGCAGCACAGGUUCAAGAGUGCAAACUAACGGCUACACAAGGCACAAUGGAGUACAAGGGCUCUGAUUAUACUGUGGCAGUUGCGGUUGGCAAGCCUGACUUUAGUGAAAAGUCCUCUAUUCUCGUUGGUCAUUAUUUACAGUCCGUGACAAAACGGUUGGCGUUGGGAGCGGAACUGGUGUAUCAGUCUGGUGCGAGAGUGAUGGGUGGUGAAAUAGCCAUAGCAUCCGGUGCUGCGAGAUACACCAUGGAUGACUCCGAAGUGUCAGCAACUUUGGGUGCCGCCGGCUUCCACAUUUGUUACUUCAAACAGGCCAGUGAACAGUUGCAGGUGGUAGCUGAAAUGGACACGUCGUUCCGAGGAAUGGAGUCUGUGGGCACCAUUGGCUAUCAGGUCACUGUGCCCAAGGCUGAACUUGUGUUUAGAGGAAUGGUGGAUUCCAACUGGAAUAUAGGAGCGGUCCUAGAGAAGAAGCUCCAACCUCUGCCCUUUACAUUCGCCCUCUCGGGCAUGGCGAAUCAGUCUAAGCAGCAGUUUAAGUUUGGCUGCGGACUCAUCAUCGGUUAA